CUCUAUCCGAAACGUUGUACUUUCUCUCCCCUUUCAGCUCCAUUCCUAACCUCACUUCCCUGCACACACACACACACAGAAGACAGAGAGACCGAGAGAGGAAGAAAAAAUGGCCUCUUAUCUCUCGUCUUCUACGCUCUCAGCUGUUCCAUGCCAGUCUCUACGCUCCAAGUCCAAGGACUCCUCGAAACACUCCAGUUCAAAGCCGGUUGGGUGCCAUCUGAGGUCCAGUUUGGAGAAUGAGAGCUGCUCUCCUGGUGUUUCAGACCACUCUUCGGAACCCAUAAAGAAAAAGGGAUCUCAAAUGUUGAUCUCACGACGGUGUUGCUUAACUUCUUUAUGUUCAACAAUUGCUUUGAUAAACUUUUCUGGCAAUUUUAUUUAUGAAACCAAGGCGAGUUCUUUGGAUGGGAAAGAAAAACCUGUGUGCCGGAAUUGUGGUGGUAGUGGUGCCAUAAUCUGUGAUAUGUGUGGGGGUACAGGAAAAUGGAAAGCUCUCAAUAGAAAACGGGCUAAAGAUGUUUACGAGUUCACUGAAUGUCCAAAUUGUUAUGGCCGUGGGAAACUUGUGUGUCCUGUUUGUUUAGGGACUGGUUUACCUAAUAACAAAGGUCUUCUUAGGAGGCCUGAUGCAAGGCAAUUGCUUGAUAAGAUGUACAAUGGUCGGUUGCUGCCAAGUUCGUAGGGGCUUGCUCUUCAGUCAAUGCAAGUUUGUUGGAUAAUGGGGUUGUAUGCAUACACUUCCAGCUGAUGGCGGGAGAAGGAAUUGCAUAACAAAUAUGGACAAGCCAUUGAUCAGGCCUCAACUUUUUAUGCAUAUAUUUGGUAUAGUUCGACUUUGUUUGGGCGCGGUCUUGUUUGUUUAUUUUGCUAGGAAGUGAAAUGGUUGGUAUGGCAAAUUGAUCAAUGCUGGUAUAUGCAAUACAUGAAAUACCUAGUCUUUGAGCCAAAUUAUUUGAUUUAAGGGGAAGCCAGCUUUCUGAUUUUGAUAUUGCAUUCUGAAGGGGCACUGUUCUUGACGGCAUACGUCUGGAAGCUUAUGAUUUGUCACAAGCUAUUACAUGGUUAAACAAUUAUUUGUACCCAAUUUACUGAACUUCUGUUCUUAAUAAGACUUGCAGUAAUGGGCACAUG